CCCAAAUAAACAGUAAAAUGCCUGGAUAAGGAUAUAUUAGGGGUAUUUUGAAACGAAAUUACGGCUGCAGUGCCUGACCGGUACUCUUGUCCUUGCUAUUUGCCAUCAUGCUUACUCGUAGGAUUGCAACUUGACUUUAUACCACCACCUUGUGUGUCUGGGCUUUGUGUGUUUUUUCUCUUUAUUCCUAUACUUGUUGCUCGUCAUUUCUUGACGCUUACUGGUGCUUUGUCUUGUGGAGCCUCUGCGACAUUCCCCGCGUACCGUAUCGAAGUGUUGCACUCGACUUGAUAUAUCUGUCGCCCUGUGUCUCUUUGGUUAGCUUUCAUGGCUCCGCAGCCGCGGAAAGACAACAACACUGGGCAGCGCGUUCAAGACAAGGAGUCCAAGCGUUCGCAAGGUCGCUUGUCAUGCGCAGAGUGCCGACUGAAGCUCAAAUGCGACAAGACAGUACCCUGUUCCAGCUGUAAACGAAGAGGCUGCUCUGCAAUUUGUCCCAAUGGCAGUCUUAUCACGGGACAAGGAACCAGGUUCGUACUUGCAGAUACCGAAAAGCUCCAUCAGAAAAUUGCGCAUAUGAGUGACCGGAUUCGUCAACUUGAGGACGCUCUUAUGAUCCUACAGUCGACCGUGACAACCGAGCCCCAUCCGCUUCUCGACCGUGAUUUGCUAAAGAUUAAGUCUAGUAUUGAGCUUCACGCGGCCAUACAAGAGUCGGGAAACAAUGCGGCGCAAGCAGAGGAAUCUGAUGAUUCUCAGUAUAUUGAUGCUUUUGGUACGCUUGCCAUACGCGAUGAUGGUGCUGCUACUUUCUACGGACGGUCCGCCGGUCAAGAGGGUGAAGUAAACGAGGCCAAGGAAUCCUCCGCAAGUCCGGAAAUGAUUCAUUCGACUACUCCCACUUGGACUUCAGAUCUCGCACCGCCUGUUACUCAGCUAUCAACCAGUUUCCCAUUCUCGACAGUACCCGCGGGGAUCAGUCUUGAUUAUCUCGUCGAAAACCACAUUCCGGAAUGGAGCGAAGGUUAUCGUCUUUGCAGUCUGUAUCUCGAGACCGCUCCUUGGUUCUUUGGUGCCGUACAUCAGCGUCAGCUGUUUGAGGAACUUAUUCCCCUGUGGUACCAGGACGGCGCGAGAAGGCCAACCAACUCGUCACCUCCGUCGGCUACCUCCGCUCCAGUAACUAAGGGCGGAGCGCAUGACUUGGCGUUACUCUUCAUUAUUUUCUGUUUCGGAGCGCUAACCGAUAUGAAUCUCCCGCCUGCACCGGAUAACCCGGUCAGCGAGCAAUACUACGACUUGACCAAGGCGGCUUUGUCUAUCGAGCCUAUCAUGGAGAGACCUCCCUCUGUCGCUACAGUCCAAACCCUUUCCUUAAUGGCUAUCUACGAGGGUCUGAAAAGCGGCGAAAAUAGCAUCGAAUCCACAUGGACGCUUAUGGGAAUAUCCACGAAACUGGCUCAGAGUAGCAAAUCAGAUCGGGACUGUGCGCGUUGGAAGCUUUCCCCAGCGGAGGUGCAGAAACGACGUGCCCUCUUCUGGGAGUUAUUCAUUACCGAUGGUUGGCAGAGCCUCGCUACCGGGCGACUAGCAACGUUCUCCCUCCCUUUUGUCGACUGUGAACUUCCGCAGGAUGCCGAUCAAACUAUGGCUGCGGAUGGUACUAUACAACCGAGUUUUCCAUAUUGGAAGGCUCGUUUUGGAGCCGAGUGCGUCGCUGCCGUCGUUCAGGGUACUCUGACUUCACGCGCACCUAAAUACUCUAUCAUAUUGGAUCUGGACCGCAAAGUCCGUGAUAUGGAGCUUCCCAAAUAUGCACAAGGAUCACCUCCGGAGGGUGUUGGUUUGAGCGAGACUAUGAGUCAUUUCAUGCCGACUAAUUAUCGCGAACUCACGCUCCUCUAUAUUCAUCGUUGCUUCUUCGUGCAUGCUAUUAACAGCAACCCGAGCGAUCCAAUCAAGAGCCAAUACGCGCCAUCUUUCUUGGCUGGUUACCGGAGCGCGUGUGAUUUGCUUGCGUCAGUGAGACAGCAGUUUACGAGAUUCCCGGCCCAGAUAGCUCGCUUCUGGGUCUUGUGGACGCAUGCGUUUUCGUCGACGGUGAUGAUUUCUUCGGUCGUUAUACACGGGCCUACUUGCAAAGUUGCUCCGGCCGCGUUGUUGGAGCUCAAGGCGGCUUGUGAUCUCUUUGAUACUGCGGCGAAAUAUGGUGGGAGGGCUGUGAAGUUCCUGCCUAUUGUUAAGCGUCUGCAAGGCAAGGCGCAGAAGAUUUAUUUCGACAUGAGAAACGGUAUAGCACCUACCGUCGGAAAGGAUAUCUUCCGUCCUUCAACCGAGACCGAGGACGAUGACGAGAUGCAUAUAUUCAGUGGGAAGACCCGAACGCUUACCACAAAGUACCCUCCACGACCGAACCCGCAAGUUCGCACUUCACAAUCAGACUCAAGAGCUCCUUCCGAUUCGCCGCCUCAGACUAAUAAUCCGUCAUUCACGGGUGUUCACCCUAGCUUGGUCAAUGAGCUGAAUGGGUUCGAAGGGCAUAUCCGUGCCCAGAUUGAGAGCGCGUAUCAACAGGGCAAUGAGGUCUUCGCGCAAGCGCUGUUAGGUCAGACUCAACCGUACCAGGAUGAGCAGCAGCGGUAUCUCGCUGAAGAGGCGCAGCACCGUCAAGCGCAGCUACAGCAGCAGCAGCAACAACAACAACAGCGGCCAUCCCCGCCUAUGCAGCAGCAGCCUCCUCCGAUCGUGCAGCAUCAACCACCGCCUACGCAGUAUCAACCACCGGCCGUACAGCAACCUCCGACCGUACAACACCAACCCCCGCAGCAACAACAGCAACAGGUCUAUUAUCAACCGCCUCCCGUACCACCGCCGUCUCAGCAACAGUAUGCUCAACCAACAUCUUCGGAGCAGUAUCAGCAACACUCUCUUCGUCGUUCCCGGUCUAUGCAUUACGAACAUCACCGAGAGGUCGAACCUACUGUGCAUCAACCCGAGCCCAUUGCUCAGUCUCAGGUGCACCAGUACCCCGCCGCUGUGGCUCACCAGACAUACCAGACGGCCACCGAAUACGCUCAACAUACGGCCCCGGUUCCUGCUCCUGCUCCAGUCCAGCCGCGCCAUGCCUUGACACACUCGCAAUCUCACUCCAAUCUCAACGCGUUAAGACACUCUCAAUCUCAUUCCAGUCUCCAUCAGUUGUCGUACCAAGAAUACCAACAACUAGCUCCUCCGGCGCCUCGUGUAUACCAGCCACCGCAGGAACCUCCGCCACCGCCGCAGCAACAUCAACAUCAGCAAGACGUGUAUGACUACUCGAAGCAAACUGUGUACCACCAGCAGCAACAACAACAACAACCUAUGGCGGCCGAGUCGAUCUCGCCGUCUACAAGCUAUUCCCAACAGCAAUAUCCCUCCCCCGAGACCGCUACUACGUCCACAGCCCAACAACAAUAUUGGACCGAUCAAGCCAUGGACACGACGGCGGAUUACAACCAGCAGCAGCAGCAGCACUCACAUUACGGCAUGUACCAGUAUCACCCACAGCAGUAUUAUACGCCUGAGGGUGCCAUGAGGGGUAUCGCCGCUGAUGAUCAGAGUCUCCAGCAAACGUGGCAGUCGUACAUGCACAAUGUCGGCUCUCCACGGCACCUCCUGGAAGACUAGAAGAAGGGGAAAAAAAAUUCACGGCAUUUCAUCUUCUCAUUUGUAUUCUUAGCGCAUUACGAACCUCCCAUCUCUUUCCUCUCCAUGCUCUGCCAGUGCUAUUUCAAUUGCAUCUAUUCGUUGGGUUUAACGGCUCAUGUCUGGCUAUCAUAUAUGUUGUCAUCGUGCUAUGCUAGUAUCUCUUGUUUUAAUAAUAAUAAUACCAAAUACCUGGAGUGCAUACGAGCAGUGAAGUUUCGGUCGGUGAUAGUGAUUCAAUUGUUACAUAUGCGUGUGCAUCUCGCAGUUGAUGGUAUCUUGACAGUAAUUGCUAC